AGAACCGACUGUUGGUAACGCACCGGUGCCACCUCAGCCCCGAUUCACUGUCGUCGUUUCGCUAACUUUACGCAGUUUCCAUAUUUGCCGUCUCUGUUCUCUUUUUGAAAAGCAAAUAAAUAUAAAAGGGCGCAUCCUAGCACGGCUCUUACCUCACCGGGCAACGACAACCGCAGGGAUUUUCCCCUACGGUACCCACUGAAAGAAACAGUGAAACUGAAACACACACACAGAGUGUGAUUCGCUUCUCGGCGCAGGGCGCUGUUCUCAUUGAACUAAAAAACGCACCGUUUUGGCCGUGCCGGCUCUGUUUUACGAGGGCUCUGUGAGGUGUUUGAGUCCGUUCCGCUUCUGAUCUCUUGCUCUUACUCCAAAAACGCUGCGUUUUGGGUUCCUUCACGCCGAAGAUUAAAGUCACCGUUCUCAUUGUGCCGGAAAACGCUGCGUUUGGAGCUCUGGUUUCCGAGUGCUCUUGUUUUGUGAGUGGAGUUCGUAAAGAUAGAGAGGAAAUAUCAAUUUUUUGUCUUUGAAGAGCGAAUAUGGCUACACUUAAGGAUAUAGAAGUUGCAGCAGCUAUCAAUAUCCUCACUGCAUUUGCUUUCUUUGUGGCAUUUGCCUUUCUUCGGCUUCAACCCAUCAAUGAUAGGGUGUACUUUCCAAAAUGGUAUCUGAAGGGUUUAAGGAACAGUCCACUGGGCACCGGCGCAUUUGUGGGCAAGUUUGUCAAUUUGGACUUCAGGUCUUAUGUCAGGUUUUUGAGUUGGAUGCCUGAUGCAUUGCAAAUGCCAGAACCUGAGCUAAUUAACCAUGCAGGGUUGGAUUCUGCUGUUUACUUGAGGAUCUACUUAGUAGGGCUAAAAAUUUUUGUUCCUAUCGCAUUCCUGGCUUUUGCAGUCAUGGUACCUGUCAAUUGGACCAAUGGCACCUUGGAGCACUCAGAUUUAGUAUACAGUGACAUAGAUAAGCUUUCUAUUUCAAACAUCCCAAUUGGAUCUUGCAGAUUUUGGACCCAUUUGGUAAUGGCAUAUGCUUUUACCUUCUGGACAUGCUAUGUUUUAAAGAAGGAGUAUGAGAUAGUUGCGUCAAUGAGGUUGCAUUUUCUUGCAUCAGAACAGCGGCGCCCUGAUCAGUUCACAGUACUUGUAAGAAAUGUGCCACCAGAUCCAGACGAGUCAGUUAAUGAGCUUGUGGAGCACUUUUUCUUGGUCAACCAUCCUGAACACUAUCUUACUUAUCAGGUAGUUUACAAUGCAAACAAACUUUCUGAUUUAGUCAAAGAGAAGAAAAAAAUGCGAAACUGGCUUGACUUCUAUCAACUUAAAUGUUCCAGAAAUCAAUCUAAGAGGCCUUCAACAAAGACUGGUUUUCUAGGUCUAUGGGGAGAGAGGGUGGAUGCAAUUGACUUCUAUACAUCUAAGAUUGAAAGACAAUCAGAAGCGAUUGCCUCAGAGAGAGAUAAGAUUAUGAACAAUCCUAAAUCAAUCAUGCCAGCAGCAUUUGUUUCCUUCAAAACUCGAUGGGGUGCAGCUGUUUCUGCACAAACUCAACAGUCCAGGAAUCCUACUAUAUGGUUAACUGAGUGGGCUCCAGAGCCCUGUGAUGUAUAUUGGGAUAACUUGGCAAUUCCAUAUGUUUCUCUCACAAUUAGGAGGCUUAUUGUUGCUGUUGCUUUCUUCUUCCUUGCCUUCUUUUUCAUGAUCCCCAUUGCAUUUGUACAGUCGCUUGCAAAUAUUGAGGGUAUUGAGAAAGCAGUCCCUUUUCUAAGGCCUAUAAUCGAAUUAAAAGGCGUAAAGUCAUUUAUCCAAGGUUUCCUUCCAGGGAUUGCUUUGAAGAUUUUUCUCAUUUUUCUACCCUCAAUAUUGAUGCUGAUGUCAAAAUUUGAAGGAUUUAUUAGCAUAUCUGGUCUAGAGAGGAGAUCUGCAACUAGAUAUUAUAUUUUCCAAUUUAUCAAUGUCUUUCUUGGGAGCAUAAUUACUGGAACUGCAUUUCAACAACUGCAUAAUUUCAUGAACCAGUCAGCAAAUGAUAUCCCAAAGACGAUUGGUGUGUCCAUUCCAAUGAAGGCAACUUUCUUCAUAACUUACAUAAUGGUUGAUGGGUGGGCUGGUAUUGCUGGAGAGAUUUUAAGGUUGAAGCCGUUGAUAAUUUAUCACUUAAAAAAUUUCUUUUUGGUGAAGACUGAAAAGGAUAGGGAAGAGGCAAUGGAUCCUGGAAGCCUUGGUUUCAACACUGGCGAACCUCAAAUACAACUUUAUUUCUUACUUGGCCUUGUUUAUGCUGUGGUGACUCCUGUUUUGCUUCCUUUCAUCAUAGUAUUCUUUGGCUUGGCAUAUAUGGUGUAUCGUCAUCAGAUUAUAAAUGUCUACAAUCAGGAGUACGAGAGUGCUGCUGCAUUCUGGCCUGAUGUCCAUGGGCGCAUAAUAGUUGCCCUAAUUGUCUCACAGUUGCUACUAAUGGGAUUAUUAAGUACAAAAGAAGCUGCUCAGUCAACUCCAUUGCUCAUCGCACUCCCAGUGUUGACCAUAUGGUUUCAUAUGUUCUGCAAAGGCCGUUACGAACCUGCUUUUGUUAGAUAUCCAUUACAGGAAGCAAUGAUGAAAGAUACCCUGGAACGUGCAAGGGAGCCAAACCUGAACUUGAAGGGCUUCCUUCAAAAUGCAUACAUUCACCCAGUUUUCAAGAAAGGAGAUGAUAGUGAGAGUGAUGCAGCUUCAGAAGACUCGGAUGAGGGACCGAACCUCAUCCCAACGAAGCGCCAAUCUCGAAGGAAUACACCAUUGCCCAGCAAACAUAGCGGUUCAUCAUCAUCCCUUCUGCCUGAAGCUGUUCAGGAGCAUUGACAGCCUUCAUAGUAGUUGAGGUUCAGUGGCAUUCAUUGUACAUCACAAUAGGAAGAAAUAGGUAUAGCUUACAUAGUUUUCGGUCUUUCUUCUGGCAGCUUUGUCCCUUUAGUUAUUUUAAGGGAGUGCGGCUUCUCAUCAAAUAAUUUAUAGAGACUACAGCUGAGCUGAGACUUUUGCAGUAUAAGUUGGAUGAAUCACUUUUUAUGGCGACUUGAUUUCACUAGAAUAUGAAAAGUUUGAUUCCCUUGUUCAAGAA